AGGAGGAUACUGAAAGUAAAUUGCCUUCCUGGGAAACAGCUAAACGCCUGUCCUCAUUUUUCUCUGCUCUCCACCCUAACCCCCAGCAGCACAAAUGGCAUCAAGCAGCAGUCUGGUUUCCGAGGAGCAGUUUCUUUGCCCCAUUUGUCUGGAAGUGUUCACGCGACCGGUUUCCACCCCAUGUGGACACAACUUCUGCAUGUCCUGCAUUUCGUUCUACUGGGACAACGAAACAGUCACCCAGUGUCCCAUCUGUAAGGAAUGUUUUCAAAUUAGGCCCGAUCUUAAGGUCAAUACUUUUAUUUCAGAGCUUGCGUCACACUUCAAGUCACUUCAUGUGACAGAUGUUGACAUCCAGAGCACAAAUCAACAGCCGGCCUGCUCUGGGAGUGGGGUUUUGUGUGACAUCUGCACUGACAACAAGAGAGAUGCUGUCAAAUCCUGCUUGGAGUGUCUGUGUUCGUACUGCGACGUUCAUCUAAAACUUCACUGCCAAGCUUCUGUAAUGAAGAGACACACUCUGGUUGAACCUCAGGAAAGCUUGGAGGACAGGGUCUGCAAGAAGCAUAACAGGCUCCUGGAGCUGUUCUGCAGAGAUGACAAGUCUGUUCUGUGCAUUGUCUGCACCAGAUCACACAACAUGAAACAUGAUGUGGUUCCUGUGCAGCGGGCGUACGACACAAUGAAGGAUCUGCUGGGGAAAGUUGAGGGCAAGGUGCAGCAAAUGAUUCAAGAAAGGUUCAAGAAAGUGCAAAGCACGAGGGAGUCUGUGACCCAAAGCAAGACAGAAACUGAAAAGGUGAUAGCCAUCAGCGUUCAAGACUUGGUAGCACUAGAGUUUGAGAUCAAGAAGAGCCAGGUGAUGCUCAUCAGGGUGGCUGAGGAGAAGCAAAAAUCAGCAGAAGAACUAGCAGAGGGGUUCAUUGGCGACAUGAAGGGAGAGAUUUCUGAGCUGCAGGUGGCAGCUGCAAAGCUAAGUGAGCUAAAGGAAAUGAAAGACCAGCACCGUUUCCUCCAGAGCUACCCAAACUCACCCUUCCUGCCACACAUGAUGGACCUGUCCACGUUCAGUUUUAACAGACACUUGGAGAUCCAGCAAUUGCGGAAAUCUUUGAGAAAAUCAUUUUCUCAGCUGCAAAUGUUACUGAAUGAAAUUAACACAGAAAUAAAUAAGUUCUCCAACAGCACAGACGUGUCAAAUGAUACUGUGCUCAGACAUAUGCAGCAAUUCGAAGUGAACAUUGUGCUCGAUCCCAACACGGCUCACCCCCUGCUCAGUUUAUCUGCCGACGGGAAACAAGUGAGAUACAACAUGGGAGCCGGAUUGUGGGUAAACCAGAUCCUGAAACCUAACAUGUUCACUGAACAUCUCGCAGUUCUGGGACAGAGGGGCUUCUCGACGAGCAAGUUUUACUUUGAGGUUUACGUGGGUGAUAAGACGGAGUGGUGUCUGGGCGUGGCCACCGCCUCCGUCCAGCGGAGGGGGGCGAUUGUGCGGACUUCUCGUUGUGGGCUUUGGGCCAUCUGGUUCCUGGAAGAUAAAUUUGAAACCUUCUGUUCUCCAGACGUGUCUGUGCAUGUUGGCAAAGUAGAGAAGGUCGGAGUGUUUGUGGAUUAUGAUGGUGGAAAGAUAUCUUUCUGGGACGUAGUCAGCGCAGCACAGAUUUACUCUUUUACUCAGUGUUUCUUCACUGAGGAGCUCUAUCCGUACUUUAAUCCCUGCGAUAAUGAAUAUGGUUCAAACUUGGAACCAAUGACAAUUGUUCCUGUUUGUCGUACAGAGUGAAGAGGAUUCCAAUAUUCUGAUGGAAAAGUUGGAAAAAAAUUUAAAGAGCAUCUAGUUUCACACUGAAGUGUGUCAUUGAACAACCCUCUGCUGGUAGUUCUCUUUUCUUAUUUUGCUGGUUUUCAUCUGCAGCAUUUGGGCAGAAGGUGUGUAGACACCAGCCAAUGACAGAAUACUGGUAUUAGAACUUAAAAAGCACAGAUUUCAGUUCAAGCACACACAAACAUAUGGUCGCUUGGACUUCUGCUUAAACUGCUGAUGCAGAAGCUUCCCCGAGGGGUUGUGUGGAGGUGUGGAUGUGUUUGUUUUAUAACAUAACUGCUGUGAAACAAUAAAUAGAUCAUGUUUUAUUUCUCUUUUUUUCUGUCUAACUUUAUAAAAAUUCUGCCAUUAUGUUGCAUUCAGUGGCUAUUGGAGAAAAGGGUUGGGGUUCCAACAAGGGUUCCCAAAAAUGCAACUUACACAGAAGUUUUUUUUUUUUUUUUAAUUUUUGAGAUCACAGAUUGCUCAAUUUUGAGUGCUGAUAUCCAGCUUCCUAUGUACUUCUAAAGUGCCUUUACUCAACAGCAAAGGUUAAGCAAUAUUGUUUGAAAUACUGUGUUUGCACGCACCCACAACAAAACUGGAACAAGUCUUGAGCCACACCUCAUUUCAUUAUAUUGUGCUUCCAGCAGUCAAACUUUCCUUUAAUCUUUUAACGCAGUCUUGAGCGAUAGUUAUGCAGCCAGGUCAAAGUUUUUCUUUUUUCAGUCCAGUCCUUGUACCUGACCAUUUCCAGAGGAAUGUGUAUUUUUUUUUUAUAGUUGUUGUUGUUUUUUAGCCACUUUACACAGAUCUAUUAAUCACUGAAGCAUUAAAGCACCUAACACAAGGGAUGAACCACUGUUGUCCACACUUCACAGACAUAAUAAAGAACUAGUUUUAUGCUGGUUACUAGGCACUUUAUUAUUAGCAGCCUGUCACAAAGACACAUUGCUUUUUUUUUUCUCUCAUUUCUUCAGUUUUAUUCGGGAAAAAAAUAGCAUUUCUACACCAAAAAUAUGAAUUCCAAAGAAUUAUUAGUAGAAAAUUUGGGAUUUGUCUGCAUGGUGUGCAGUGUUGCCUUAAAAACAAUUGAAAAUAUAGGACAAAAGAAGUGUGAGGCCUAAAAACGAUCUAUAGCUGAUUGACAGAAUCUGAAAACGAUAUGCUAAAUUAAUAAGGAAAAGAAAUCCAACAAAGGAGCUGAGAGAUGCAUCUAGACCUUUAGCUGAUCCACCUGUUAUUUACUGAAGCCUGAACAGAAAUGGUCUUCAUGAAAGAUUGGCUGCUGAGGAGUAAUUCUAAACCGGUUGAUACCAGACAUGUAUAUAAUAAAUAAAUAAAUAUGUAUUUUACUCAGUACUUGCACAUGUUAUGCACCAUUGGAAAGCUAAGAUCCUUGAGAUUUGAACCAUUCAAAGCUAAAAUUACUGUAGAUUCAGUAAACACCUAUUUCACACCAGUAGUAAAUGCAAUUUUACUCCAGUAACAGAUGACACUACAACAAAAACAUCCUGUUGCAUCAGCAAAGUUCCAUUAAAAGUAGUCCAGUAAAAUAGUUAAUCCACAACAAGAUUUUAUCCAUAAAAACCCAUGUUAGGCUAAAAACUGCAGGAUUUUAAGGGGUUAAGGAAGGGAAACUAGGAGAAAAGAGCUGAGGUAUGUCAACUGCACAAAAAAAAAUUGCAUUAUUAUUAAAGCAGUAUGAGUUCAUCUUUAUGGAGAAUAUAAUAGCCAGCAUCUAAAGGAGAAAUAUUCCUGAAGAUGACAUAAAACAAAAUGACAAGAGAUCUCAUCUAAUAGAGUUCACACUGUGUUGAAGAAUAAAACAUUUACCCCCAAGCUUGUUAGAAUUGUACAAACCGUUUUGCCUUACAGGUUUAUGCAUGUAUUUCCUGUUUUCCUGAGAAUGUAUAAAGAAAUGAGGGAUGACUUUUAACCUUUGCAUAGCACUAUAAUAUCCUUCUGAAUUGAAAUUUCUGAAAUAAAAUUAGGUGUCUAACAUAAAACCUUGUAACUUACACAGAAUGAUGAGAAUAUGAUACCAGAGUUUGCAAACAUUGUUUCGCCUCGAUUCAUUCAUCUUUAAGAGAGUGUAAAUGGUCGUGUUAACAAAGCAGUGGAGCUUAACUAACUAAACUCAGUCGGGUGGGAACUUAAAAAAGGGGGAUUUUGAUAAAAUUGUUUUAAGUUUUUCAGUAAAUGAGGUUGUAUUGAUUACUAAUAUCUCUGUUAACGAGGGAGCAAAUGCAAAUUUUCACAUCUGAUGGCGAAUCCAGGAAUUCCAUUUUUAUUAUCUGUCUUACAGUUUUUAUAUCAAAUCAUUAUUGAACUAUUUUCUACAUUGAUUACUUGCUUCAGCUUCAUGCUACUGCUGUCUUAUAAUAACAGUUUGCUCAUUUCAGGACUCUAAUAAACAGGUAGGAAAAG